CUCCCACUCUUUUCUGACUGGUCGGAACCUCAAGAAAAGAAAAUCAAAGGGAGAAACACACUGGAAUACACUUGAACUGCUGGCAGGAGCCUUUAGGAUACAUCCAGUUACUACUGCUUUGUAGAAUGUGGAUAUAAGCUGUUGUUCAAGCAGGUGGCCGGGGAGUUGUCUGUGUGUGUGGAACCAUGUGGAUUUUCCUCUACACCCUGACCUUGUUCCUUGGCUUUGGGUCAUGUGACACACUGGGAUCACAGGAAGACAUACAAUGCCCAUCCUUACAAGUUGAAGAAUGGAGGUUUUCUCCGCAACCCACGGACAACAUUACUGGUUUUAAUCUGGUCCGGCGUUUUGCUCUGCUCAAGAGCCCAGAUGUCAAAAAGAUCCGUAACCCUCGAGGACCCACCAUCCUCCGUCUGGGAAAGACAGCAGUCCUCCGCCCAACAGAUCAGGUGUUCCCUCAUGGUCUACCUGAGGACUUCUCCUUGAUAUUUACCAUGGCAUUGAAGAAGCCAGCGCUCAGAGACACCACCUACCUCCUUCAGAUAUCAGAUGAACAAGGAUAUCCACAGCUCUCCAUAGAUCUCAACGGCCCCGAAGGAACGCUCUCAUUUCGAGCCAAAGGUUUGACUCCAGAGGCUGAACCUGUGAGCUGUGUUUUCUCUGGGGAGGCCGUGGAGUCACUGAUGGACCUGCGCUGGCACAAGGUGGCACUCAGUGUGGAAAAAGAUGUUGCAUCCCUCAACGUGGACUGCAGCUCCACUGAGACGCAACCUCUGGAACCCCGCGGGACCAUUUCAAUUGACGGACACACCAUCAUUGGAAUGAGGGCUUCAGAUGCCAGGCCUGUGCAGCUGGACAUUCAGCAGCUGAUGCUGUAUUGCGACCCGACGCUGGCAAUUGAAGAGACGUGUUGUGAAAUACCAGGUGCUCGGUGUCCUAAUGAUACCCCGAAGAGCCGGAGAGCUGCCGAAAAUGAAUUGAUGGAAAACAUCUUUGACCAGGGAGUGUUUGGGCAGAAAGAAUUGACCGAGAAGAUUAUCAGUCUCGGCGGAGUUUCGGGUCUGAAGGGUGAGAAAGGUGACCGGGGUUACGACUGUUCUGGCGGCGAUUCACGCUCAUGUGCAGAGGGGCCCAAGGGACAAAAGGGUGAAAAGGGAGAGGCGGUGAUGCCUGCCAGCUGGGGUGAAGUUGCUCGCUAUGUGGGAGAAAAGGGUCAAAAGGGUGAGAGCGGUCUUCAGGGUCUCACUGGGACUCCAGGAAAAGAUGGUCGCGCUGGCUCUAUAUGUGUGGUCGGUCCCAAGGGACAGAAGGGUACCCCAGGUUUGGUGGGUCCAGAGGGCUUGGCUGGGGAGCCGGGAAAACCUGGGCUUCCCGGUCCACCAGGAUCUGGAAAACCUGGUCUCCCUGGUCCGCCUGGUGAGCCAGGAGGUGCUAAAGGAGACAAGGGUGAUAGUGGACCACAAGGGGAGGACGGUUUGCCUGGUGAUCCAGGACCAAGGGGACCAGCCGGGUCUAAAGGAGAAAAGGGUGACCCAUGUGAAGUGUGUCCAGUACUGCCUGCUGACAUCGGGAACACAGUGGCCCUCCAGGGAAAACCAGGCCCUAAAGGAGAGCCAGGUGUUCCAGGAAGGGGAGAAAGGGGACUGCCUGGACUGCAAGGUGCAGAUGGCAAGGCAGGAGAAAAGGGAGAAAAGGGAUCAGAUGGCGCCAAAGGAGAAAGGGGAGAGUGUACAGUGUGUCCCACUCUUGGAGAGCUCCCACCAAACCCAGCGCCGUCUCAAAACUUGCCGCAGAGAGGCCAGAAAGGAGAAAUUGGACAAAAAGGAGAACAAGGAGAUACGGGAAAAGUUGGACCACCUGGGCUGCGAGGAGAAAAGGGGAAUGCAGGGAGCCGAGGAGCAGAUGGCAAACAGGGGAAACCCGGACCAAGAGGAGCGAGUGGCAAGGACGGACAGAGAGGUGCAAAGGGUGAGCAAGGACUUCCAGGUCUGGGUGUCCCUGGCAUGAAGGGUGAGAAGGGCGAGUGUGGAGUGUGCCAGCCAUUCGAGGUUGGCAGCGGCCCUACCAACAUCAGAGUGCAGGAGGGGACUGCAGGCAAGCCGGGCGAUCCAGGCCCUCAGGGCCCACCAGGACCACCAGGACCGAGAGCUGAUGGCAAGCCGGGACCUCCAGGACUUACUGGUCAGAAAGGUGACAAGGGGGACCAAGGAGAGCAAGGUGAUAGAGGUCUGGAUGGAUCUCCCGGAGUGCCAGGUUUACCUGGAGAGCCAGGGCUUGAUGGGUUAACAGGCCUAAAAGGAGAAAAGGGUGAUGCUUGUACCAGCUGUCCUUCCAUAAACACUGCAGUAGGUGAUGGAGUAGCUGUGCCUGGACCCAAAGGAGAGAGAGGGGAGCCUGGUGCGCCUGGAGAAGGAAAGCCAGGAAAAAAUGGUAAACCCGGCUUGCCAGGCAUCCAAGGGCCUGCUGGCCCAAAAGGUUCCAAGGGGGCACCUGGACAGGCUGGAAUUGGACUGCCAGGACCUAAGGGUGCAGAGGGACUACCAGGCUCUCCGGGUCUCACGGGACCGCAGGGAACUCCCGGGAUACCGGGCCCAGCUGGACCAGCCGGAGAUAAGGGCAGCAGAGGAGAAGCUGGACCCCCAGGACCACAGGGUCCAAUGGGAGUGGGAGUCGUUGGGCCCCCGGGCAAAGAUGGCGUCCCUGGCUCUAAAGGAUCACCUGGUGCUGACGGCAGACCUGGACGUGAUGGAGCCAAGGGGGACAAGGGAGAACCUGGGGAGUGCAACUGCUUGAUCUCCUCGCACACUGGCAACGGUGGACCUGGAGCUCCAGGAACUCCCAUCAACAUGUGGCAGCCAGGGCCUCAGGGACCCCCUGGACCUCCCGGUCCUCCCGGGCCACCAGGGCCUCAAGGUGUCGAAGGAAUACAGGGACCUCAGGGUAUCCCUGGAAACGACGGGUUACCGGGCAAACAGGGUUUACCUGGAUUCAGCAACAUUCUUCAGCGACUGCCUCAAGAUGCCACGGGUGGAGAUGGUGAUGAGGCGUGUAUUGGUGGCUGUUCCCCGGGGUCCCCUGGAGUACCAGGCACGACUGGAGCCAAGGGAGAGAAGGGAGAUCAGGGCAAGCCCGGAGUUACUCAGUUGGAUAGCUGUGACAAAUGUCUGGAAAGACUGCAGAGGGAGCAGGCGACGCAGCCAGAUAAUGAUAGACGAGGAACCCCUGGGAUCCCAGGGACACCUGGCUCUCCGGGAAUCAGGGGAGAGCCGGGAAUCCCUGGAGAUAGAGGUCCAUCUGGAAUACCAGGAAACAUGGGACCUCCAGGUUUUCCAGGUCCCCCAGGCCCAUCUGGUCCAUCGGGACAGCAAGGAGAGAAAGGACCAGCAGGACUCCCUGGGCUGAAGGGUGAACAGGGUUCCCCAGGCACGCCAGGGUAUCCAGGUGCCAUGGGACCACCAGGAUUGCCAGGACUCAAAGGUGAACGCGGAAGCCAAGGAGGCGCCGGUCACAAAGGAGAAUCUGGUCCUCCGGGUCCCCCUGGGUAUCCGGGACAGGCUGGUGCACCGGGCAUAAAAGGAGACACAGGACCAGCAGGACCUUCGGGAUCCAUUGGAGAGCGGGGUUUGCAAGGUCCGCCUGGAUUCCCAGGACCUCCUGGUCCACCGGGUCCAGCCGGCAAAAGUGGGAGAGAAGGCCUCCCUGGGCUCAAGGGUGAAAAGGGAAAUGACGGCUUACAAGGCCCGCAGGGUUCGACUGGACCUCCGGGUUCACCUGGCUCUCCAGGACUGAUGGGGCCCCCCGGCAUUGAAGGCGUAGACGGAAAAGAUGGAAAACCUGGGUUAAGGGGUGAGAUGGGCCCUCCAGGUCCGAUAGGACCGAGAGGAAUUCCUGGAUUCAAAGGGAAAACUGGCCAUGCUGGCUUCCCUGGACAGAAGGGUGAGGUCGGACCCGCGGGGCCGGCUGGACCUCCUGGCAGGCCAGGGCACGAGGGUGAUCCAGGAGCCCCAGGAGCUCAAGGGCGACCUGGACCUGCGGGCCAUGUGGGUUCCACAGGUCCAGCUGGACCCCCAGGCCCUCCAGGUCCACCUGGAUUGGGUAUUAAGGGUGAUAAAGGUCAAGCUGGAGAAAGAGGACUUCCUGGCAUGAAUGGACCACCAGGACAACCUGGGCAUCCAGGACUGAUGGGAGAGCCAGGGAGUGAAGGUCAACCCGGCAAAGAUGGAGCAGUCGGUUUACCCGGGGAAAACGGACAACCUGGUCAAAAGGGUGAGCCGGGUGCCCAGGGACAGAGAGGUGCUCCAGGUGAAAGAGGUAGGCCAGGCCCCCCUGGUGGUGGAGGAUAUCACUCCAAGGAUGCCCAGCCUAUGAUAGGCCCAGUCGGACCAAGGGGGGAGAGAGGAAGCCCUGGUUCUAUGGGUCCGCCCGGUCCUCCUGGAGCUGCUGGGACUCCGGGAAACGACGCGGUAGUUAAUUAUGAUGAAAUCAAAAACUUCAUCCGCCAGCAAGUCAUUAAGAUCUUUGAUGAGAGGAUGGGCUACUACAUGUCCCGCAUACAGAUGCCAGUGGAAAUGGUAGCAUCGCCCGGGCGGCCUGGGCCCCCAGGGAAGGACGGUGCACCGGGUAAUCCUGGAGCACCUGGGUCACCAGGCAUUCCUGGGCAGAUUGGACGACAGGGACGACCGGGAGCCCAAGGACCACCAGGACAACGUGGAUCCCCAGGAGAGAAGGGAGAUAAGGGUGUUGGAGAAAUGGGAGAUGUGGGACCUCCGGGAGCUCCAGGUAUGCCAGGUCCUCCAGGCUAUGGUAAAAUGGGCCCCCCAGGCCCUGUCGGUCAGCAAGGUGUUCCAGGCAUCCCAGGGCCUCCCGGGCAGCAAGGUUCCAAGGGAAAUGACGGCAGAUGUAAUCCGAGUGACUGCAUGAGCCAUCAAGUAGAGUUCAGCCCCAAAGGCCCACCUGUCAAGGGGCCUUGGUAAAUGCCCACAGAUGAUGGAGAGAGGAGGAGAGGGCUGCAGCGCAGAGACUGAGGAGAUGAAAAAGCCAAAGACCAUGACCCAAUGUAAUUUAAUCUGACUACUUAAGAAAAAAAAAAUCUCGCCCAUACUUUUCUUCUGAAGCAUUUCACUUCACACAUAAGCUACAGGUACUGCCAAACUGCCUCGAGUGUGAGAGUUGAUUUAUGACCAUCAUUUACGACGUUCUCUUCCUCACCUGUAUCAUCCAACGACCCUGGCUGGUUAAAGGAACACGCUUUGAUUUCUUUAGUAAAUAUUCAGGCCAUCUUGUUUUGUUUUGUCAUGCAAAGGAAAUAUUCCUCGAAUGUUAAAAUCCCAAGGUAAUUGUUCAAACCCUGUUUGAGACACUUUGUAUAUACUAUAUUUAUAUCAGGUGCUCUUUCUAGUUUUUUUUUAAAAACAUGGCAUGAAUGUGGUUUUUAUUUUUUUAUCUUUUUGUUUUCAGCAGCAAAAAUGUUACAAUAUUUUUUUUUUUUUUUGUGCAGGAAGUUGUUUACAAGCUCGUUUCCUUUGUCUUUUUAAUCCAACGCAGCUACUUUUUUUUUUCCUCCAAGUUUUGGCAUUUAUUUACAAAAUGAUUCCUUCCAUUUAGGAUUUUGAGAUCGAGAGUUCAUUUGGUUGUCAUGACCACCCGGCUCUAUGGGCCUUACGGUUGACCUUAGAUAUCUUAUCCGAACAUCUGAUACAGAGUGGGAUUCACUUGACUAUUUAUUUGCCAAACCAGUGCUUGGUUUCUUCAAAAUGUCUGUCCGAAAUCAGAACUUCUGUCCAUCGCGCCAUCGUUAUGUAUACAGUUGUUUGCGUCGUGACAAUGGUUGCCUGUACCAUCAUGAGCCUUUUAUUGUUUUAUAAAAUAUUUGUGCAAAUAAUGAAGUUGUCUCAAAGUACUU